GAAUAUAAAAUAUAAAUAUUAAAUUAAAUAAUAUUUAAUAACUAUUAUUAUUUACUCAUCGUAUUCUUGUCAUAUUGUUCCUUAAUUUCCCGAUCAAAGUAUCCUAUUUGAGUCUUCGAACAUUUUAUUUGUAAAAUAAAAAAAUGCUAAAAUUAUAUUAAGACACCUCUGCCACUAACCAUUCAUAAUGUAUUAUAAUUAAAAUUUUUAACAAACCUCAAAUGUGAAUAUAGUGACUGUAGCUACUUCGUGUUCGUCACAACCGGCAGAAUGCUUUUUUAUCUAUUAUCUAGCCAUAUUUUUAACAAACAGUUACAUAAUAUGCCUUCGUUGGACGGUAAAACUAACCAGUUUAGACCGUGAAGCGAGGGAUACGAUAUUGUUGUUUGUUUUAAUAAUAUGGGCUGUGGUCCUAGUCAUUUUGGAAUCUCAUAUUCCAGAAAGACCAAAAAGAAAAAAAACAAGCACAAAGAAUCUGAUGAUGAAAAAAGUGAGGGCAGUGCUUAUGAAAAUCAUGUUGAAGAACAAAUACAGCUGACAAGUACACCGUCUGUAAACAAUUUAUGUGACAUGUCUGAAAUGGAUGAUUCAAGUCCACUACAUCAACGUAUGUCAGGUCCACAGUCUUCCACUUCGUUAUUUGUCAAUCCACAAUUAUCUUCUAGUCAACUCAAUUUCUUUAGAAUGUUAGAUGAAAAAAUAGAAAUGGGCGCAGAUUAUACGCAAACUAUUGAAGAACAACGUUUGGAAAAAAUUCAUCGUACACAUGCAUUAUUAAUGGAAUGGGAACGAGCACGAAUACGCAAUUCACCAAAACCUUGCUCAAACUCAAGAUCCCGUUUUUUACGUAACCCGCGACAGCCACAUUUUCGAGUUUCCCAUUCAGUUGUUCAAUUUGACCAAGAACAAGGUGCUUUCCAUACUGAACUCAUAUGAAGUACAAAGUGUAUUAUUUAUUUUAACAUAUUAAUUGGCAUUUUUAUAAUAUUUUACAUUUAUCUGUAAAAUAUUGUAGUUAUAUUUUGUUGAAUGGUAUUAAUUUAUUAUAGUAUUAAUGAUGGUUAAAAUAAUUUAGAAUAAUAUAAAUUUUAUGCAGUAAUUAUUUACAGUAUGAAAACAAAAAGUUUGGCCAUUGGUGAAAAUCUAACAAAAACCGUAUUUUAUAAGUUUUCAUCAAAGUCCUUAAUGUUUUAAUAUA